AUGCCAGACUCAGCUAUUCCCAAGCUCUCUAGCUCCUCUAUUUCUUCUGCUUCUUCUUCUCCUUCACAACAAACUUGUUCACAAUCCCGCCUUACUCAGAUAUCCUCUCACAUUGAACCAAUGGCUGCCACCGCUUUCGACGCCAAUGUCGUCCCCCAGGCCCCCGAAGACCCGCUCUUCGGCUUGAUGGCUGCCUUCCGCCGCGAUGAAGACCCCAAGAAGGUCGACCUAGGCAUUGGCGCCUACAGAGACGACAACGCAAAGCCCUGGGUCUUACCCGUCGUCAAGAUGGCCGACGACCGCCUACGCAACGACCCCAACCUCAACCACGAGUACCUGCCCAUCGCCGGUCUUCCUGAGUUCACAACCGCCUCCCAGAAGCUGGUGUUGGGCGCCGACAGCCCCGCGAUCAAGGAGAAGCGGGUCACUAGCUUGCAGACCAUCUCCGGCACCGGUGCCGUGCACUUGGGCGCUCUCUUCCUCGCAAAGUUCUACAAGACACAGAGUGAACGUACCGCCUACUUCUCCGACCCAACAUGGGCGAACCACUUCCAGAUCUUCUCCAACGUCGGUCUCCAACACAAGACAUACCCCUACUUCUCCAAGAAGACAAAGGGUCUCGACUUUGAUGGCAUGAUUGGUGCCCUCGAGAGCGCGACUGAGGGCAGCAUCAUCGUGUUGCACGCUUGCGCCCAUAACCCCACCGGUGUCGAUGCUACACAGGAGCAAUGGAAGAAGAUUGCUAGUGUGAUCAAGUCGAAGAAGCACUUCCCCUUCUUCGACACGGCAUACCAGGGUUUCGCGUCUGGCGACCUUGCUACUGAUGCCUGGUCCAUCCGCUACUUUGUCGAGCAAGGUUUCGAGAUGUGCAUCGCUCAGUCAUACGCAAAGAACUUUGGUCUGUACGGCGAGCGUGCCGGCUGCUUCCACUUUGUCACAUCCCCCUCGUCUGAUGCCGAGUCCACCGUCAAGCGCAUCGCCUCGCAGCUCGCCAUCCUCCAGCGCUCCGAGAUCUCAAACCCCCCUGCCUACGGCGCCCGCAUCGCCUCGACCGUCCUCAACGACCCAAAGCUCUUCGCUGAGUGGGAGGAGAACCUCCGCACAAUGUCCGGUCGUAUAAAGGAGAUGCGCAAGGCCCUCCGCAGCAAACUCGAGGACAUGGGCACCCCAGGCACAUGGAACCACAUCACCGAACAAAUUGGCAUGUUCAGCUUCACUGGCUUGACUGAGCAGCAGGUACUCAAGAUCCGCGAAGACUCGCACGUUUACAUGACCAAGAACGGUCGUAUCUCUAUGGCUGGUCUCAACACUCACAACAUCGACUACUUUGCCAAGGCUGUCGACAAGGUUGUUAGAGAGACCCAGUAG